AUGGGUGCCUAUCCAUCAACUGAUCCGCACACGUAUUGCGUGCCAACUGAUGAGCCAACCGAUGAUAAUUGUGGUCCUGUUUAUAUUAACUAUAACAGACUUCUCCAAGUUGGCGGAGCUUAUAUUGCUACCUUCAGAAGCCAGCCAGACUCUGUUACAACGCCACAACUUAUUAAAGCAUCGAGUAUUAAGUAUCAUGAGCAAGAAUGUUUUGGUGAAAGAGAAGUUAUGCCAGACGGUAAAUAUGGUCCUUACAAAUGGAUCACAUAUACACAGUUAUAUGAAUACGUAACAUCAUUUGCAGCUGGUCUCCAACAACUUGGUGUUGGAUAUGGCGACUCCAUCGGUAUCUAUUCCCAUAAUUGCAUGUACUGGCAGAUUGGUCAGUAUGCUUCCCAUUUCUUAGGUGCCGUAACAGUUCCAGUUUAUGACUCCCUUGGCGCUGGUGCUGCCUCAUAUAUCGUUGACCAUGCAGAAUGCAAAGUUGUUCUUGUUCAUCCAACAAAACUUGAGUCAGCCCUCAAGAUUUUCGAUGAACCAAACACACCAUUGAAGCAUAUCAUCGUUAUUGGCGAUACUGCCCCAACAGAUCGUCCAAAUAUCCAUACAACAACCGAAAUCUUAGAGAAUGGUCGUAAAGUUAAAGAUUUCAAGCCAUAUCCAGUUAAGCCAUCAGAUGUUGCCAUCAUCAUGUACACAUCUGGCUCAACAGGAACACCAAAAGGCUGCGUCUUGACCCACCAAAAUAUCAUCGCUGGUGGAACAGGCCUUGCUGAUCCAAACGGUUCUGUUACAACCUCCGAUACAUACAUUUCAUUCUUACCUCUCGCCCACAUCUACGAACUUGCUUCUCAAACAUGUUUCCUCGCACAAGGCUGCAGAAUCGGCUUCUACACAGGAAGCAUCAAGAACAUCAUGGAUGAUGUCCAGGCCCUUAGACCAACAAUGAUGCUUGGCGUUCCUCGUGUAUUUAAUAAGAUUGCCGAGACAAUGAACUCCAAGAUCGACAAGCUUCCAACACCAAUGAGACUCUUGAUCCGUGGAGCCCUCAAAUUAAAGAUCGAUGCCCUCUUAAACGACAAGCCAACAUCAUUACUUAUCGAUAACUUCCUCUUCUCCAAGUUCCGUGCGGCUCUCGGUGGCAGAAUCAGAUUCAUCGUCUCCGGCGGUGCUCCAAUUCUCCCAGAAGUCUACAAUUUCCUUCGCGCUGCCAUUACACCAAACAUCAUCCAAGGCUACGGACUUACAGAGAUCUCCGCUGCCGGCUGCAUCCAGCAGAUCAACUCCAAGAACCCAAUGACAGUCGGCGCAACAGCCAUUGCUACAGAUCUCAAAUUGCGCAGAGUCGAAGGCAUGGAUUACGACCCACACGCUGAGAAUCCAUCCGGCGAAAUCCUCUUCCGCGGCCCAUCCGUAUUCAUCAGAUACCACAAGAACGAGGAGUUGACAAAAGAAGCAUUACAGGACGGCUGGUUCGCUACAGGCGAUAUCGGUAUCAUUACAAGCGAUGGAACAGUCCAAAUUAUCGAUAGAGUCAAGCAACUCGUUAAACUCUCUCAAGGAGAAUAUAUCUCUUUGACUUCUCUUACAGACGCUUAUGGUUCGGCCAAGGGCGUUUCUGGCAUUUACAUUUACGCUGAUGGCCACCAUAACCAUCCAAUUGCUGUCGUUAUCCCAACAGAACAGCAGAUUAAGGAAUGGAAGGAAGCUGGUAUCGAAAACUUCAAGGAAUCAAAGAUCGCUCAUGAUGAUAUGAUUAAGAACCUCGAUGAGCUCGCAAAGGCUCGUAAUCUUAGAGGUUUCGAAAAAUUAACUGCAAUUCUUCUUGAUGAUGUCAAAUUUACAAUUGAUAAUGGCCUCCUUACACCAUCCCAGAAGCCACAGCUUUCUAAACUCAAGAACAAAUACGAGGCUAGACUUAUCGAAUUAUAUGAAGCACAUCCAGAACUUCGCGGAUAA